AUGAAAAAUAAUUUUCCAGAACUACAGAUCUUAAUCUCCAAAUAUAAUCCUCAAAUCAUAUGCCUGCAGGAAACUAAGGUUACUGAUGACAAGCAAAUAAAUUUGAAAAACUUCAAGGCUUACCAUAAAUCAGCCAUACCAACAAAAACAAACCCAUCGGCAGGAACAUCAAUUUACAUCCAUCACGAUAUAACACAAUCUCCAGUUAAAAUAAAAACUAAUAAUCAUUUUAUAGCAACAAGAAUAACAAUCCACAAUAAAUUCAUAACAAAAUGCAAUGGGUAUAUAAAACCAAACUCAUUGAUCAAAUCACAAGAGUUAAAACAUUUAAUUAAACAAAUCCCUAAACCAUUCAUAUUAUUGGGAGAUUUCAAUGCCCACAACAAAAUCUGGGAAUGCUCAACUUCAAAUGCUCAAGGAAUACACCUAGAAAAAACAAUAAUAGAAAGCGAUCUCUGCCUAAUCAAACCAACAAAAGCAACAAUGUAUCAUGAUCAUACAAAUACUUCAUCAACAAUAGAUCUAGCCAUGACCACUCCAGCCAUUUUUCAAGAUAUAGAAUGGGAUGCAGAAGACGAUUUACAUGGCAGUGACCAUUAUCUAAUAAUUUUAUCCAUCAAAAAUAUAAGAAAUUAUGAUUUGAAAAGAAUAAAUUACAAUAAAACAGAUUGGGCUGCAUUUAAAAACAUGACAGAGGAAAGAAUGAAAAAUUUUAACACAAUUGAUGAUGAAUCAAUGAACAAAUGGAUAAAGAUUAUAACAACAAUCAUAAACCAGAUUACACCAGUUAUAAAAAAUAAAAGUGCAUGCAACUUUUGUGAUGAAAAACUUCAUGAACAACACUUGGUGGAAUGCAAAACCAUGAUGAUAUUCGGAAACGAUAUCAGAUCCCCUCAGAUAUUGAAAAAAUUUUCAAGAGAGAAAACAUCAAUAAUCUAA